CAUUUUGUGCUGUGUGCAAGGUGUUACGUCAUUACUUCGAGUGGGAGUUGAGGCUCACGAGACGGUGUGUUCUCAGUUUAUUCAUGUGCUUAGGUUUUUCGAUAUUUGUUUAAGUUUAAUUUUGGCAGGGAUAUCUACACUUUGCUUAGUUAGCGAUUGAAUUGAAAAUAGAAUUCUGAAAUAUCACUGUUGGGGGAGAAAAUGAGUGUUGAGGCGUACGGGCCGAGCUCGCAGACUCUCACGUUCCUGGACACUGAGGAAGCGGAGUUGCUUGGAGCAGAUACCCAGGGUUCGGAGUAUGAGUUCACGGAUUUUACCCUGCCGAGCCAGACUCAAACAGGCCAAACGCAGAGUCAGUUGGAAAAUCAGGUGAAUGGGCCUGAUGGAGUUCUGCAGAAUGGGGAUGACCCUGUUGUGAAAGCAAGUCAACUUCUUGCAGAGUUGAACUUUGAAGAAGACGAGGAAGACAGCUAUUAUACUAAAGACCUCCCAGUCCAUGCAUGCAGUUACUGUGGCAUUCACGAUCCUGCUUGCGUGGUGUAUUGCAACACCAGCAAGAAGUGGUUUUGCAAUGGACGUGGCAAUACAUCUGGCAGCCACAUUGUGAACCACCUGGUCAGAGCCAAGUCCAAGGAGGUGACUCUGCACAAGGAUGGUCCUUUGGGGGAGACGGUGCUGGAGUGCUACAACUGUGGCUGUCGCAACGUCUUCCUCCUGGGGUUCAUCCCUGCCAAGGCAGACUCUGUGGUGGUACUGCUUUGCAGGCAGCCAUGUGCCAGUCAGAGCAGUCUGAAAGACAUCAACUGGGACAGCUCCCAGUGGCAGCCGCUGAUCCAGGACCGCUGCUUCCUGUCCUGGCUGGUUAAGAUCCCCUCUGAGCAGGAGCAGCUCCGGGCCCGCCAGAUAACCGCCCAGCAGAUAAACAAGCUUGAGGAGCUCUGGAAGGAAAACCCCACAGCCACUCUGGAGGACCUGGAGAAGCCCGGCGUGGACGAGGAGCCUCAGCACGUGUUGCUGCGCUACGAGGAUGCCUACCAGUACCAGAACAUCUUUGGCCCCCUGGUCAAACUGGAGGCUGACUAUGAUAAGAAACUCAAAGAGUCCCAGACCCAAGACAAUAUUACUGUCAGGUGGGACUUGGGACUCAAUAAAAAGCGGAUUGCUUAUUUCAGCCUUCCCAAGACGGACUCAGGUGACAUGCGCCUGAUGCAGGGAGAUGAGAUUUGCCUGAGGUACAAGGGAGACCUUGCCCCACUCUGGAAAGGCAUUGGACAUGUCAUCAAAGUCCCAGACAACUAUGGCGAUGAGAUAGCCAUUGAGCUGAGGAGCAGUGCUGGGGCUCCCGUGGAAGUACCACACAACUUCCAGGUUGACUUUGUGUGGAAGUCCACCUCCUUUGACCGGAUGCAGAGUGCCCUGAAGACCUUUGCCGUGGACGAGACCUCUGUGUCCGGGUACAUCUACCACAAGCUGCUGGGUCACGAGGUGGAGGAUGUGGUCAUCAAGUGUCAGCUGCCCAAACGCUUCACCGCCCAGGGCCUGCCUGACCUCAACCACUCACAGGUAUAUGCUGUGAAGACUGUGCUGCAGCGUCCUCUCAGUCUCAUCCAGGGACCCCCUGGCACGGGGAAAACGGUCACCUCUGCCACUGUAGUGUACCACCUGGCCAGACAGGGCAACGGGCCUGUGCUGGUGUGUGCUCCCAGUAACAUUGCGGUGGACCAGCUGACUGAGAAGAUCCACAUGUCAGGUCUGAAGGUGGUGAGGCUGUCUGCCAAGAGCAGAGAGGCCAUCGACUCCCCUGUGUCCUUCCUGGCUCUGCACAACCAGAUCCGCAACAUGGACAGUAUACCAGAGCUUCAGAAGCUCCAGCAGCUGAAGGACGAGACUGGGGAGCUGUCCUCCUCGGAUGAGAAGCGCUACAGGGCCCUGAAGCGCACCGCCGAGAGGGAACUACUUAUGAAUGCUGAUGUGAUCUGCUGUACCUGUGUGGGGGCAGGAGAUCCCCGCCUGGCCAAGAUGCAGUUCCGCUCCAUCCUCAUUGAUGAGAGCACCCAGGCCACUGAGCCAGAGUGUAUGGUGCCUGUCAUACUGGGGGCCAAGCAGCUGAUCCUGGUAGGAGACCACUGUCAGCUGGGUCCAGUAGUGAUGUGUAAGAAGGCAGCCAAGGCGGGCCUGUCCCAGUCCCUGUUUGAGCGUCUGGUGGUGCUGGGCAUCAGGCCCAUCCGUCUGCAGGUGCAGUACCGUAUGCACCCGGCCCUCAGCGCUUUCCCCUCCAACAUCUUCUACGAGGGCUCCCUGCAGAACGGAGUCACCGCAGCUGACCGCAUCAAGAAAGGCUUUGACUUCCAGUGGCCGCAACCAGACAAGCCCAUGUUCUUCUACGUGACCCUGGGCCAGGAAGAAAUUGCAAGCUCUGGAACCUCCUAUCUUAACAGGACUGAGGCUUCCAAUGUGGAGAAGAUCACCACGAGGCUGCUAAAGGCUGGGGCCAAGCCUGACCAGAUAGGCAUCAUCACCCCCUACGAGGGCCAGAGGUCCUACCUGGUGCAGUACAUGCAGUUCAGUGGCUCCCUCCACACCAAGCUCUACCAGGAGGUGGAGAUAGCCAGCGUUGAUGCGUUCCAGGGCAGAGAAAAGGACUUCAUCAUCCUGUCCUGUGUCAGAGCCAACGAGCACCAGGGCAUUGGCUUCCUCAACGACCCACGCCGUCUCAACGUGGCUCUCACCAGGGCCAGGUAUGGGGUUAUCAUCGUGGGCAACCCCAAGGCCCUGUCCAAGCAGCCUCUGUGGAACCACCUGCUCAACUACUACAAGGAGCAGAAGGUUCUGGUGGAGGGACCCCUCAACAACCUGAGGGAGAGCCUCAUGCAGUUCAGCAAGCCUCGCAAGCUGGUCAACGCCAUCAACCCUGGGGGCCGUUUCAUGAGCACAGCCAUGUAUGAUGCAAGGGAGGCUCUUAUUCCUGGAUCUGUGUAUGACCGCAGCAGCACUGGGCGUUCAUCCAACAUGUACUUCCAGACCCACGACCAGAUCGGCAUGAUUGGCCCGGGCCCCAUGGCCUCCAUGAACAUCCCCUUCAACCUGGUUAUGCCCCCCAUGCCGCCGCCAGGCUACCUGGGCCAGGUCCACUGCCCCCCAGCAGGCCGUGGUGGAGGUAUGAAGGGUAAGGCGGGUGCUGGAGGGGCGCGAGGUGGGCGCCAGAGGAGCCGUGGCAUGGGGAACCACGGCGGGGGCAGCGGGCAGCACGGCCUCAUGAGUGGCAGCCAGGCCAGCCAGGAUCUGGGCUCCCAGCCCUUCUCCCAGGGACCCCUCACCCAGGGCUACAUCACCAUGAGCCAGCCCUCCCAGAUGAGCCAGCCUGGCCUCUCCCAGCCUGAACUCUCUCAGGACAGCUACCUUGGCGAUGAGUUCAAGUCCCAGAUUGACGUGGCCCUCUCCCAAGACUCCACCUACCAAGGGGAAAGAGCCUAUCAACAUGGUGUGACUGGACUGUCCCAGUACUAGAGUGUUGUGGGAAAAGGAGCUAGGCCUGUGCUGAGCUUAGUUCGUCGCCAUUUUAAUCUGGGUAAUAUCAAAAAAAGAACAUAUGGAUACCCGUUUUACACUGCUACAACUGAAGCACCACUGUGUGAAAGCAACAGGAGAGAGAGACCGAGAGAAACCAACCAAUCACAAGAGUGAAAGCAAAAUGGGGGUAGAGCUGGACAGGACAAGAGCGAGGAGGAGGGAGAGAGAAGGCGCUGCUCGCACACGGAGAAAAGGAGAAGCCGCAUACGUUGGGGUAGCAGCGUCGGAGCGACGAGCCCUUUGAUGAUGAGUCGAGGGGUGAAAGGUCAUGGAUCCUCAAUGGGGUCACAGGAGUCACAUCCCUGCCACCUCUUCUCCCCCAGGGACCACGAGUUAGUUGGCUGAGGACAUUGUUCUCGGAGCAGAGAGACUGAGAAGAGUUCUCACACAACCCUCCAACCUCUACAAAACCGUCUCCUGCCAGCUAGAGAGGGGAAAAAGGGGACGAAACUCUUGAAGCAGUCAGUCGAUUUGGGAAAAUUUCUAACGUCAAAGUUGAUCCGUGCUCAUGCUCUGCAUUUGAACAUGUUUGAGCGAGAGGAGAGAGGUUUUGGGUAGACCAAGAAUGGUCUUGUUGAACGUCUCAAACGGAAUCAAAUGGUGCAGGAGUCGGAAGAAUACUGACCAUUCAUCUUUUUCAACUUUGAGUUGGAAAGUUUUCUACAUGAGGUCUGUUGUUGCAGAGGUUUUGAAAGCUGGUGAAUUUCACUGGCUUUCCGCUCUGGUCUUUCUGAAGGAUAAGUGGUGGAAUGGCUCUUGAAACAAUUAAAGGAAACAUUAUUGUCUCGAGAUCUGAAGUGGUGGACUUGAAAGAUCUGUAGUUUGCGAGACAGGUUUUAGUUUUUUUCUUAAGUCUAUCUGUAGUACAAAAAGGAGAGUAAAAAGAAUUCCAUAACCAACUUAUUGUAAUCGAAAAAGCAGUCAUCACUUGCUCUUUAAAAUGACCUCCAAAUUAUUACUUUAAAAUGAGUCACAGCUCCACAGACAUGAAAUGCCACAAAGAAAGCACGUGUAGAAUGCACAUAUAAUUUGCAUGGCUACAUGGCUAAUUCAUUAAUCCACAUUAAGCAGGGAGGUUAUACCUAGAGACCCAGGUUUAAACAUGAAAUGAUGUAUUAAAUCAUGUUUUACUUUGUUGGUCAACUACUCAUAAGAGGUGUUGCAUGGGAACAAGAAUUUAUGUUCAGAGAGGUUAUAGUAAUGAAGGUUGUGAAUACUACUGGGAUAAGACUCAGUAGUAUUCACAAGUGGAAGUCUGGACCUGACUACCAAGGAAGGUUAGAAGCCUCUGGCACCUGCUAAAUGUAGGUAUUCAGUACUGGCUAUCAUUGGCCCAUGUGAAAAUGAUAACUGAAUGAAGGUUAUAUGAACUUACUUAAAAAAAUAUAUAUAUAUAAAUAAUUAUUUAAUUUCUGGCCAUACCUUGGCAAGUUUCUUGACCGAAGGGAGGCAUUUCUGUCAGUAUGUGGCAGAGGAUGAGAAUAAAUAUUUGUAUAUUGGUGUUGUAGGUACUUUUAUAUUUAGUGCCCAUGAAAGGGUAUGGUGUAGAUUUGUGUAGCCUGCACCACAGAUCUAGUCUCAAACCUGACCCUAGGCAAACCAGUGGGUGCGUUCCUCUGCCCGUUGCUGAUGCAGGCCAGAUCGUACAACGUCUGGAUAGAUAUUUUACAUAUCAACUAUCAAAAUUAUAUUUAUAGCAAUCUGGUCCCUGACCACACAGUCGAGGACAUGCCAUUGUAACCAAUGGUUGAUGCAUGCAAUGUCUGAGCAGGGGAACGCGACCAGUGACUAGGGUCUGCUUUCAAUGCUCGUGUUCCCCUGGUCAGACAUUGCACGUAUCAAUCAGUGGUUGCGUGCCCUGUCAUCGACUGUGUCAGCAACGCCUGGGCACAGGAACGCACCCAAUGAUGGACCCCUUUGGCAUAGAGGAACUGUCACUACCUACACUAUAUUUACAGCAGUAUGUGGACACCGAUGAGUGGAUUCGGCUAUUUCAGCCCCAUCUGUUACUGAUAGGUAUAUAAAAUCGAGUACACUGCCAUGCAAUCUCCACAGACAAACAUUGGCAAUAGAAAGGCCUUACUGAAGAGCUAAGUGAUUUUCAAUGUGGCACUGUCGUAGGAUGCCACCUUUCCAACAAGUCAGUUUGUAAAAUUUCUGCCCUGCUAGAGCUUCCCCUGUCAACUGUAAAUGCUGUUAUUGUGAAGUGGAAACAUCUAGGAGCAACAACGGCACAGCCGCAAAGUGGUAGGCCACACAAGCUAACAGAACGGGACCACUGAGUGCUGAAGGGCGUAGCUUGUGAAAUUAGUCUGUCCUCGGUUGCAACACUCACUACUGAGUUCCAAACUGCCUCUGGAAGCAACAUCAGCACAAGAACUGUUUGUCGGGAGCUUAAUGGCCGAGCAACCGCUCACAAGCCUAAGAUGGCCAUGCGCAAUGUCAAGCGUUAGCUGGAAUGGUGUAAAGCUCGCCGUCAUUGGACUCUGGAGCAGUGGAAAUGUAUUCUCUGGAAUGAUGAAUCACGCUUCACCGUCUGGCAGUCCGACGGAAGAAUCUGGGUUUGGCAGAUGCCAGGAGAAAGCUACCUGCCCCAAUGGAUAGUGCCAACAGUAAAGUUUGGUGGAGGAGGAAUAAUGAUCUGGGGCUGUUUUUCAUGGUUUUGACUAGGCCCCCUAGUUCCAGUGAAGGGAAAUCUUAAUGUUAAGGCAUGCAAUGACAUUCUAGAUGAUUCUGGACUUCCAACUUCGUGGCAACAGCAUGACAAUGCCCAUGUGCACAAAACGAGGUCCAUUCAGAAAUAGUUUGUUGAUCAGUGUGGAAGAACUUGACUGGCCUGCACAGAGCCCUGACCUCAACCCCAUCGAACACCUUUGGGAUGAAUUGGAACGCCAACUGCGAGCCAGGCCUAAAUGGCAACAUCAGUGCCGGACCUCACUAAUGCUCUUGUGCCUGAAUGGAAGCAAGUCACCGCAGGAAUGUUCCAAGGAAACCUUUCCAGAAGAGAGGAGGCUGUUAUAGCAGCAAAGGGGGGGACCAACUCCAUAUUAAUGCCCAUGAUUUUGGAAUGAUGAGCAGGUGUCCACAUACUUUUGGUCAUGUUGUGUAAGGAGAAAAAUGUAUUUUCCCGGGGACUCUCCCAACAAACAAUGAGGCAGACAUGCCAGAAUGUUGCGAUUCUAAACCAAAGUUUGUAGGCAAAACCUUUGCAGUGGUUUUAUUGAAGGUAGUUUAUGCAAACUACACUUGCUAAAUGCACUCAUUAAAAAUAACUUCUGUGAUCUCUAGCUACUAUUUUGUAUUUUAUUUAAGCGGAUAAAGUAGUGACGUAGUUCCAUUAUGCCAAGAGAACAUACUUUAAACCAGACCUUAGUCACUGUGUUGCCUAGGGUCGGGUUUUCGAGCCUACCACAUCCCCCCCUUUGGAAAAAAAAAUAAAAAAUGAUGUAUGUCGUA